UUUGGGGAGAGGCUAAGUUAGAUGACAACAUUUAAGUUAAAUACAGAAGUAUUAUACAUAACAUUGCCCUAAACUAAAUAAUACAUUCUGACAGUCUGACUCUGUCUGAAGGCAUAGAAACACUAGAAUGGGACAUAUACUUGUUGAAGACUUCUUUUUCUGUAGGUAUCAAGAAUACAAAUCAGAAUAUAUAUAUAUAUAUAUAUAUAUAUAUAUAUAUAUAUAUAUAUAUAUAUAUAUAUAUAUAUAUAUAUCAACUCUGAAUAUCCAACACAGGGACCACUGGCUCAACAUACUACUGUUCACAGUCAAACUCUUCCCUCAACAGUUUCGUCUAAUCAGGUUUAAAACAUUUUAUAUUAUCUCAUUUUUAGUAUCUCUAAGGGGCUUGAAAAUGGUAAUCCACUAAUUUUCUGAAAUUUAGAAAAAUAAAAAUGAAAUUUUUUUGAAUCACCUUAACAUUAGUUAAAGGUGGGAGCCAAUCGGGAUUUCACAAAUUAUUUUUGACAAAAUGGUAGGUUACUUAUUUUUAUCAGUUGUUUAUUAAACAACACAAAUACUUUCAAAAAAAGUGCAUUUUUUUUUUCAUUUAUCAUAUAUACAUUCGAUAUCCCUUGACAAAAUGGUGACUCAAGGUUGAAAGACAAGUAUCACCCCACAAAUUUGCUUGUUACUAUUGAAAGGUGCCCCUUUUUGACUUUUGACUGAUGGAAUGGAAUGGACCAUUCUUGAUGGAAUGGGAUUCCUUCCAUUUUGCUAAUUUUAUUCCAUAGUCAUGGGAUAUCUUUUUUUCAUUCCAUCACGGAAUGGAAUGAAAAUCAGUAUAAGCAACUUUUAUGACACAAUAUUAUUAUAUUACACAUAUAUUUUUGAAAAUAACGAACAAAUAUUAAUCUUACUUUAACUUAUAUGGGUUUUAACGAGUUUUAUUAUCUUUAAAUAAAAUUACUAAAGUUAAAAUGAGUUUUAUUAUGUUUAAUUUUCUUUAUAUGGGUUUUAACGAGUAUAAACGACUUUUAUCACACCUUUGAAGCAACCGCAUGGAAGAAGAAAGAGCCACCAAAGAUUUGAUGCUGAAUUCUUUGUUUUAUGUAUUAUCAUUUUGCAUGAAGUGCUUCAGACUUGGAAUUUUGCUUUCUAUAAUGUCUCCAAGGUUAAUAGACUAUAAAAUAUCACCUGUAAUACUAAUGUUAGAUAUAAAUCAGGGGAAAAAUGUUCAUUUUAAAAAUCAAAUGAUUACCUCCAAAUAACUUCUCGAUUGAUGUAGCAACAACUUUGGUCACUCGGGUAGUUGGAAUUCCCAUGAUGCUUGUAAUCGUUAUUUAAUUCUCUUCUUUUUUGUUUUCAAUAAAAUCAGUGAAAAAAAUGGGUUUGAUCCUGUUGAAAGCAAGGAAGAUGUAACAAAUGGACACAAAGAAAGCCUUCCCAAUCAGGUAUCUAUUGACUAGAAGGUCAACGACACCCAAAAAACACGACAAAAUCUUAAUAACAAAACACAAAUCUUGCCCCACGUCAAAAUUCUCAUCUUUUGUCCCUGACAGAUGUGGGAAAGAUGGGAUAGACACAAAUUCUUGAUCUCUCUCUCUUAUGCGUUCUUGAUCUCUUAUGUGUGUAAAUUACCAUAAGGCCCCUGGUAAAAAUAAAAUUAUACCUUUAAAUAAGGUGUAAAUGACCAUAAUGCCCUUGGUCAAAAUUCUCCUUUUUUGUCACUGCCAGACAUGGGAAAGAUGGGAUAUGGUUGGAAGGAUUCAUGGGUAAGGAAACCAAUGGUUUAACGAGGUCCCACAGUGUAGAUCAUGAAUUAAGUAAGUCCUGCAAAUUUGAUUUGAUGAAAUUAAAGGCGUGUAGUUGGGGUAGAUGAGCAGUGGCAGCUGCUGCUAGGUUCUCCUAAUGAGGUUGAUGGCAAGAAGUUUAAAUCCGUAUUAUUCAAAUCCAUGUACCAAGGGCCUAAAAUUGACAUAUGGUCUGCUGGAGUUACUUUGCUUUAUUUGAUCAUUGGAAGAACUCCGUUUGGUGGUGACCCUGAUUAGAAUAUAAAAGAGAUUGCAAAGUAAAGGGGAAGUGAAGAUUUGUGGGAAGUGGCGAAGUUGCAUGACCGUGAAUCAUCAUUUCCACCGAUGGAUGCAUCAAGUUCUCCAUGUUCUAAAUUUGUGAAAUCUACUGCAAUGGACAAGUUACAUGUAUGGAAAGCAGAGCUGACAAAGACACUUGAAAUCACAGAAACUGAAAUUGAUUCUCUUGAGCAUGAAUUGAAGUCAUUGGUUUCUCUAGAAGAAGUUAAUGGAGCAGAAGAUUCAGAUGUUGGUACAAGGGAUUCGACUAGCUUGAAGGAAUUGAAGUUGCCUGGAAUCAUAUGAGGAUUGAUGCUGUGAUGCAGUCACCACAAGACUUGGAAAAAUUAUAUUCAGAAGUUCAUUUUCUUAGAUCAUUAAAACACAAUAACAUCAUCAAGUUCUUUGAUUCAUGGGUUGAUCAUAAGAAGAAAAAUGUAUAUAUGAUAACUGAGCUCUUCACAUUCGGAAGCCUUAGACAAUAUCGGAAGAAACAUAAAACGGUUGAUUUGAAAGCGAUCAAGAAGUGGGCAAGACAAAUUCUAAAUGGUCUUCACUACCUUCACAGUCAAAAUCCACCUGUGAUUCACAGGGAUUUGAAAUGUGACAACAUAUUUGUGAAUGGGAACAAUGGAGAAAUCAAGAUUGGUGAUCUUGGAUUGGCAACUGUCAUGCAGCAACCAACUGCCAAGAGUGUUAUUGGAACACCUGAAUUCAUGGCACCGGAGCUUUAUGAUGAGGAAUACAAUGAACUUGUUGACAUAUAUUCUUUUGGGAUGUGUUUGUUGGAAAUGGUGACAUUUGAGUAUCCUUAUAGCGAAUGCAAAAAUCCAGCUCAAAUCUAUAAGAAAGUAACCUCAGGGAUUAAGCCGGGUUCUCUUAGCAAAGUGGGUGAUUCUGAACUGAAGGCAUUCAUAGAAAAAUGUCUGGUUCCAGCAACUGAAAGAUCGUUUGCUGGAAAGCUUCUAGAAGAUCCUUUUCUGAAAGAGGCAUCACCAAGAUCAUUGAAUUUCAUGGAGAUUGAUCAAUCUGUAUGUUUAAACACCAAAAAUGGAGUUGCUGAAUUCAAGAGGAUUCAUCAACAAAACGAGUUCAGGUUGAAAAGGAUAAAGAAUGAUGACAAUUCGGUUUCUUUGACCUUGCGGUUUGCUGACCCAUGUGUUCUAAAUAUUUGCAUCUGGUUUCAGGAGUUACUCCAGGAAAAUGCAAAUGGUAGCAAAUACUGGGCAUAUGGAGGUGACUGUGGAGAUACACCAAAUGACUUAAAUUUCUGCUUUAAUGGUCUUAUAUGGCCUGAUCGGACUCCUCAUCCUGCUCUAAAUGAGGUCAAGUAUUGCUAUCAACCAAUUAAAAUUUUGUUCACCAAUGGCGUAAUUAAGAUUACAAACACCAAUUUCUUUCAAACAACAGAAUAUAUAGAGUUUAAUUGGGUGAUUGAAGCCAAAGAAAAAGAUCUUAAAGCUGAUGAACAGUGGUCAGAUCUGGAUGCCAUUGUGUUACAACGGAUAUUCGAGAUAAUUUCUAAAUAUCUCUUCGUAACCAUUCUCUCGCCAGGAACCACCGUUGCGGCCGCCUAG